AUAGGAGGCACUUUUUACAUUGGCAGUUCACAAGUCACAAUCUCAAUCUCUCGGAAAGCGAAGCCCUGAAGUUGUAGUUGUGGAAUCGAAGCCCUAGCAGUAGCAGGCAUAGAGAAGAUGCUGAGAAUUGCCGCGAGGAGGCUCUCUUCUCUCUCAUGGAGGUCCUCUCAGACCUCCUCUCAGGCCCUCCUCUCCAGAAACCCCUUCAACGACCCCCGCGGUGAAGCACCCUUCGACGGCUCCAGAUCCAUCUCCUCUUCCUUUUCCAAUUCCUUCGUCUUCGGUUACGAAUCGAGAUAUCGUCAAAUCAGAGGGUAUGCAUCUGAAGCCCUUACACCAAGGAAUGACAUGGGAUUUAUUUCAGAAAUCCCAGCUACUGAGGUAGCCAUAAAGAAUCCCUCUUCAAAAAUUAUGUAUGAUGAGUACAACCAUGAGCGUUUUCCCCCUGGUGACCCUAGCAAACGUGCAUUUGCCUACUUCGUGCUUACUGGUGGCAGAUUCGUGUAUGCCUCUUUGCUCCGUCUUCUUGUCCUGAAGUUUGUUCUGAGCAUGUCUGCCAGCAAAGAUGUUCUUGCACUUGCCUCCAUUGAAGUUGACCUCUCCAGCAUUGAGCCUGGGACUACCGUAACAGUCAAGUGGCGGGGGAAGCCUGUGUUCAUCAGGCGUCGAACUGAAGAUGACGUCAAGUUAGCUAAUAGUGUUGAUGUUGGGACACUUCGCGAUCCCCAGGAAGACUCAACUAGGGUUCAGAACCCUGAAUGGCUCAUUGUAAUUGGGGUUUGCACGCAUCUGGGAUGCAUCCCCCUACCAAAUGCUGGUGAUUUCGGGGGAUGGUUCUGCCCAUGUCAUGGUUCCCAUUAUGACAUUUCUGGGAGGAUCCGGAAGGGCCCUGCACCCUUCAAUCUGGAGGUUCCCACUUACAGCUUCUUGGACGAGAACAAGCUGCUUAUUGGGUGAGAACUGAUACCAUCAGUCCUAUUUUAUUGGCACAAUGUUGCUGCUGCAAAAGGUCAUAUUUGACUUGAUUUGAUAAUUUCCAUCUGAUGGGGAAAAUUGGAUACAACCUUGUUUUACUUCUCUGUUGAAGAUUUUGAAUUAUUGUAUUGGGUGCCAGCUAGGGUUAGGGUUCUAAGGUUCCCGGAAUUACAUAGCUGGAUCUUAGUUGAGCAUUUUUGGCAUUAACACUAUGGUUUAUUCCAGUGAAUGAAUAAUAUUGCAGAUGCUGUUUUUGAGAUAGCAUCUUACAAAA